AUGAUUAGUGGAGUGCUGGUAUAUUCGUCGAGAGGCGAGCUCAUUUUGAACAAGUUCUUCAAGAACUCGUUGAAGCGGUCCAUAUCCGACAUUUUCCGCGUGCAAGUGAUCAACAACCUGGAUGUCAGAUCGCCUGUGUUGACGCUGGGGUCUACGACAUUUCACCACAUCCGGUCGAAGCACGGUGACAAUCUUUGGCUAGUAACCAUCACCAGGAGCAAUGCGAACAGUGCGGCGAUCUGGGAGUUCUUAUACAAGCUUGAUGCCGUCAUGAAUGCGUACCGCUUGGAUAGAGAGGAGGCCUUGAAAGAGGAAUUCAUGAUUGUGCAUGAGAUGCUGGAUAUAAUGCUGGGCGGAAAUGGGAUACCAAUUGACACAGAAUUGAAUUCUGUGGUGGCACGAAUGUCUGUGAAACCGAUGAGGAACACAGGCGGGCUGUUGGACGGCGCUGAUGGGAGUGAUAUACUAUCUUCCUCUUCAUCUCCCAGUUCUGCGGGCGGUGAAUUGCAUUUCCCCAAAUUCUUGAAGAAAAGCAGCAGCAGUUUCCUAGGCCAGGGAGACUCGACUUCUGACUUCUACGAUAGCAAUAAGAUCACUUGGAGGGCCACGGGCAUAAUACACAAGAAGGACGAGGUGUUUUUGUAUGUCAAUGAGAGAAUGAAUAUUUUGGUGUCUAGAGAUGGCUCUAUCUUGAAAUCUUAUGUCGACGGGACGAUAGAUAUCGUUACGCACUUGAACGGGACUCCAGUUUGUAGAUUCGGAUUAAACGAUUCUCUGGGGAUGCAAUCCGAAGACGAGAAGAACUGGUUGGCACAACAGCACCAGCAUUCUCGUAGCGAUUUUGGAAAUAAAAACUUUCUUCCCAAAGCUGCUGCUGGCAGUGUUUUAUUGGAGGAUUGCAAGUUCCACGAAUGCGUAUCAAUUGAAAAGUUCAAUAAAAAUCAUAUAAUAGAAUUCAUCCCACCGGAUGGUUCGAUGGAGUUAAUGAAAUACCAUGUGCGAGACAACAUAAAUCUGCCGUUUAAGAUCACACCUAUUGUAUCACAUUCAACAAGAGAUAAUGAGAUUGAUUACAGGAUAACGUUGAAGUCAUUAUUUCCAGGGAAACUUUCCGCUAAGGAUGUGAUACUACAUAUACCUGUGCCACCAAGUACUGUUGACUGUAAGAUAAGCGUUUCUAAUGGACAUUGUAAAUUCGUACCGGAAGAAAAUGCAAUGAUUUGGAGAUUCAACAAGUACAACGGGUUAACAGAAAACACGCUGAGUGCUGCUACCGUAUCUACAAGCGACACCACCCAAUUGAGCUUCCAACAGUGGACAAGACCUCCAAUGUCCCUGGAUUUUGAAGUUAUGAUGUUUAGUAAUUCGGGACUUGUCGUACGCUAUUUCACCAUCUCUGGAAAAGACAGUAAGCAUCGUGCUGUGAAAUGGAUUAAAUACAUAUCAAAAUCAGGUUCCUACGAAGUUAGAUACUAG